AUGGCGUUUUCCACACAGCUGCGGCAGCGGCUGACAUCCUCCAGCUUCAGCAGCAGCAGCACAGCUCCCCGCAGCAGCUUGAGGGCGGCAGCGAGGCCUUCGCGCAGUCAUGCCGCGCUCGUGCGCGCCGCGGCGGCGACGGAGCAGCCCAGCGAGGGCACCAAGACGCUCAUCCAGAAGGCGGCGCCCGGCGAGCUGCCUUUCCCGUGGUCUGAGAAGGACCCCUACAAGCUGCCGGUCAGCAUCGAUCGCGUGCAGCGGAUGUUGCUGACGCUUGGCUGGGAGAAGCCGUGGGUGGAGCAGAUCAUCGACCGCGUGAUGAAGGGGAUGCUGCGCACCAACGAGGACCGCGCAAAGGGCGUGGCUCCAGUCUCAAUUUACCUGCGCCGCCCGCGGCGCGUGCUGUCGGACGAAGCCGUGUUUCGGGGCGGCGACGCGUCGCAGCGGCCCAUCGACGCCCUGGCUUCCAUUGGGCUGCAGCAGGAUCAGAUCUGCAACAUGGCGUCCAUCAGCGUGGUGCUGCUGGGGCUCAACCCCGACACGCGGAUCAAGCCCGUGGCCGAGUACUUGGAGAAGCGGGGCGUGCCCAAGGACCAGGUGUCUGAUGUUGUCCUCAAGAACCCCCGCAUCUUCGAGUACAAGGUGAUGGAGGACGGCAAGGCGCUGCAGAAGGGCGCCGCACGCAUCCAGGUGGACGUGCUGCCGCUGCCCGACGGCCGCAAGGCAGUAGGUGUCAACUACUUCCGGGAGGGAGCCUCCUUCGUCGGCGCCCCCGUGUCGCCCAUGCCGCCGGCGCCGUGA